AUGAUAGUUAAGCGGAUUAUGAAAACUGAAAUGCAGAACCUGAAAUGGUGUAAGCUAGAAGAAGACACCAAUUCCAAGGACAAUGAGUGUUCGUCGAUUCAGAAGAAGCGGAGGAUGAAUGAAAACUUGAGUUGUGGUUCUGGGUCUAGGUCCAGCGAAGGAUGGAAUUGGGGUGGUGAGGUCCAUUCCCAUGGCCAUUCAAAUUCUAUGGAGUUGAAUGGUGCAAGUAGGAAAACACUAGAGUUGGCCUCAGAAUCAGAAUGGGUUCGACCUCCAUUGUUGCGGUCAUCGAGAGGUCGAGCUCAGAUGCUUCCAUCCAGGUUCAGUGACUCGGUUCUUGAUACAUGGAAAAGUAAUGGACGAGUAAAAAAAGAUAGCAAACGCUUCGGGUUUGAAGAUGAUAUUGCUUUAGAAGAUAUUGGAACGGGAUUUGUAAAACAGGGGAAGAGAAAUAAAUGUGGCUCAAAAAGUUCUCUUUGUUUUCCAUAUUCUGCUGAAAUGAAGGCGGAAACAGAAUCGGGUGGCUUAGGUUUCAAUGAUUUUGAUUACAAGAAGCUUAAAACGACAGUUAAUGGGAGUCGUUCAUUAUUGGUUAAAAAAGAGAGUAAUGCUUCUGGACUUGGUUUUGAUCCUGAGGGUGUAGACCUAAAGGAAAAGCCUAAUGGAAACGCUAAAAAGAGGGAGGGCAUUUACAAACCAGAGGAUUUUGCUUUGGGUGAUGUAGUUUGGGCAAAAUGUGGGAAGCAAUAUCCUGCUUGGCCUGCUGUGGUGAUUGAUCCCAUCUUGCAAGCUCCCAAGUCCGUCCUCAACUGUUGUGUUCCCGGUGCAAUUUGCGUUAUGUUCUUUGGUUAUUCAAAAAACGGAAAGCAAAGGGACUAUGCAUGGGCGAAGCAGGGGAUGAUAUUCCCCUUUUUGGAAUUCAUGGAUAGAUUCCAGCGGCAGACUCAAUUGUACAAGAGCAAACCGAGUGACUUUCACAUGGCAAUGGAGGAGGCAAUGUUGGCAGAAGAUGGCAUUUUGGACUCACACUUGGGAGCUGAGCAAAUUACUGAUGUUCAGGCUCAUUCCAGUGGGCUUACGGAGUAUGCAGGUUCCUAUGUUGAUCAGGGUACAAUAUCUUGUGCUGGCUGUGGUUUGAUGUUGCCAUGCAAAACCAUGAAGAAGAUUAAGGAUUCAAGCUUUGCUCCUCAGCAUUAUUGUAAACCCUGUGCGAAGUUACUAAAAUCGAAACAAUAUUGUGGCAUUUGCAAAAAGAUUUGGCACCAUUCAGAUGGUGGGGAUUGGGUAUGUUGUGAUGGUUGUAAUGUUUGGGUGCAUGCUGAGUGUGACAAAAUUUCCAGCAAACUUUUCAAGGAUCUGGAAAAAACAGACUACUAUUGCCCAGAUUGCAAGGGAAAAUUCAAUUGCAAAUUAUCAGCAUCACAAACAUACAAGUCAAAAAUCAAAUCAAUAGAGAAUAGCCUAAAACCUGAGUUGCCUGAAAAUCUGGCGGUGGUGUGCAAUGGCAUGAAAGGAAUUUAUAUUCCAAAGCUUCAUUUAGUUAUGUGCAAGUGUGGCUCGUGUGGUUCAAGGAAGCAGACCCCGAUUGAAUGGGAAGGGCAUGCAGGUUGCAGAGCCAAAAAAUGGAAAUAUAGUGUGAAAGUGGAAAGCACAAUGCAACCGCUGAUAAAAUGGGUUCUCCAGAUCACGAAGCACAAAUCUCAACCUGGUAUUCCUCUACGGUUAGAUCAGCAAAAGGUGCUCUCCUUUUUGCAAGAGAAGUAUGAGCCUGUUUAUGCAAGAUGGACAACAGAAAGAUGUGCCAUUUGCAGAUGGGUUGAAGACUGGGAAGAUAACAAAAUAAUUAUCUGUAACAGGUGCCAAAUUGCAGUUCACCAAGAAUGCUAUGGGGCAAAGAAUGUUCAGUUUACUUCCUGGGUUUGCAGAGUCUGUGAAACUCCUGAUGUUGAGAGGGAGUGUUGCCUCUGUCCAGUAAAAGGUGGUGCUUUGAAGCCAACUGAUGUCGAGAUGUUGUGGGUUCAUGUAACAUGCGCUUGGUUUCGGCCUGAAGUUCUUUUCCAAAACCAUGAGGCAAUGGAACCCGCCACUGGAAUCCUUAAGAUUCCAUCUAAUUCCUUUUUGAAG